ACUUCCUGUCUUCUCAUGUGAUCAUUCGACUGCAAAACUGUGUUGACAUUUUCGUCAUGUCGAACAGGUACCAGAUAGUGGUGCAGGGCGAGGCAUCCGAGACAGACUCAGAUGAUGAGGUCUACAUCACCUCCCUGUCAGCGCCACAGACUUCCAUUGUGGGAGCCAAGGUUGCAGGUGAAGCUCCUGAAACUGACAGUGAGGAUGAUGAAGAGAGGGCGAAUCCAGCUUCUGCACCGAGUCGUGAAAAGACUAUGAUACUAAGAAGAGAUCUACCUCCACUAAUUGUAGUGAGAGAUCACCCUGAUAUACAGUCAGUAGUGGAAGACAGACCAAGUCCAACACAUAGGCCUUUUGGCGAUACAUUGCUACAGCAGAAGUUGCAGGAAUCUAACAGCCGCCUCUAUUCCGAUGUGGGACAGAUGCUGCGACACGUUUAUGGCAGUGCCAGCAAGGAGGUGCGCAGUGCAACAGCACAGCUUAACACAUCACAGAACACCAUCAUCAGCGCUUCUCACAGCAUCAGACUGAUUUUGGAUGACCUGAAGGCCAUGUCCGAGAAGAUUGAUAUCAUCACCAGCUGUCAGAUAUUACCAGAUAUUAAUAUCAAUCAUUCAGAUGAGAAUGCGGCUACUUUAAUAGAAAGAAAUGAAUAGCAGUAGAUGUUAUGGAAGCACAGUGUGGAAUUUUUCAGUAAAAAUGUUUACAAAGUAUCCAUGCAUGCGAGUCAGAUUUUGUUUGUUUGUAAAAGACACAAAAGUAUUCCUGUCUUUCAUUUGAUUAAAUAUAGUAUAUAUUUAACAGUCAAUGUACUUUUGUUCCAUCUAUUUUUCCAUCUAUUCUUGUGGAAUAAAUGAACAUGGGUGUUUCUUUUCCUGUGAUGCCAUUGGGAGCAUUUCACAAACACGUACAGCAAUGUGAAAUAAAAUUGCCAUAUUUAUUUUAAUUAUUUUAUUCAUUAAAAUCAUGACCAA